AUGUCGUCCACUCUACCCACCGAAACCCGCGACGCGGCCAUCCGCAACGCGAAGCUCUUCGUUCGCGAGGUCGUCCGCAAUGACUGGGAAUUUGAGCUUUCGGCCGUUCCCGACGGUGCCCACUCCACUACCUCCCCCUCCACCACCAAACCCCUCUCCAGCGCUCUAACCAACAACCGCGAGGCGGUCGAAUGGCGCGAGAGAGAAUUCGAUAGCUCCGGCUCGGAGCUGGAACCCCAAUCGUCCGACCAUGAUCUGGAUCUCGAGACGCCCAGUGCUCUGAAGGCAGCGGGUGAUUUGGAGAUCGAGAGGCGGCGGAAGCGUCGUCGCCAAAUGGAGGAGGAGAUGGCGUGGAAUGAGGGACUACGGGUGUGGCUCGCUAGGCGGGAUGCGUGGUCUGGGGCCAGGACGAAACGGCAGAUCCGCGCGCAUGAGAAGCGGAGGGUUGCUGCUGGUGGUGCGGAUGAGAAACAAGUGGAGUCAGCAACAGACGAAAGUAGAAGUUCGAAAGACAGUGAAGUGGUUGCAACUGAGACACCUGCGGAGACUGUCACAGACGGUGAUGUCCAUGACGAUGACGACAAGACGACUGCCGUCCAAGCUGCGAAGGCAGAAGAGACCCUCAGCAUUGCAGACCACGACCAACCCCGCGAGGAACCCUCCCAGCACCGCCAAGACCAAGAAGAAGAACAGUCCACAGCACCAGACGAGGAAACCAAACGCAAGGGCUCCAUCGAAACAAGCAUCACCGAGCCAGAUCAACACGCACCCCUAGGCGCCGAUACAGCAGCCGCCGACUCCGAGGAAGACGAACUCGACGAGCCUCUGCUCCCCGUAGCACCACCCUUCAUCUCAGCCUCGAACCCUAUCCGCGCCGGCAUCAACACCUCCAUCUACCCAUCCAUCUACACGAAAGUCGUCGUCCAGGGCAUGACCCCCACCGUGCCCGUCAACCUCGCCGACCUAACCAAAGCAAUGGUGCAAGGCUGGAAGACAGACGGCCAAUGGCCACCCAAACCGGCGGUGUCCAACAUCGUCCUCGCGGACGACGCGUCCAUCCCGAAGAAAGACAAAGACGCUGAUCGCGCGGCCGGUGACCGUCCCGCACGCAGGAAGGAUAGCAUCACCAGUGCCGUGCGCAAGGUCUUCCACAUGGGCUCGCAUGCGUUUCAUCGUCGUGGCUCCAGUAGUCAUGAUGCUAAUUCUGGUGGAGCCGGUAGUGCGUCGGGGCAUCGCGUUUGA